AUGGAGGAAGCCAGCUCAAAGAAGCCGAAGGUCCCUCGCUGCCCGGCGACCUGCUCCUGCACCAAAGACAGUGCAUUCUGCGUGGACACCAAAGCUAUCCCCAAGAGCUUCCCACCAGGCAUCAUCUCUCUGACAAUGGUGAAUGCAGCUUUUACUACAAUUCCAGAGGGAGCCUUCUCACAUCUUACACUCUUGCAGUUUUUGCUCCUCAACUCAAACACAUUCACCAUGAUAAAUGACAACGCCUUUGCCGGUCUGGCUCACCUCCAGUACCUGUUUAUAGAGAACAAUGACAUCCAGGCUCUGUCAAAGUACACCUUUAGAGGAUUAAAAUCGCUAACUCACCUUUCUCUUUCAAACAACAACCUACAGACGCUGCCAAGAGACCUCUUCAAAAACCUUGACAUUCUGACUGAUUUAGACUUGCGAGGAAACUCUUUCCUUUGCGACUGUAAAAUCAAGUGGCUCGUGGACUGGAUCGAGAAAACCAACACCACGGUUCCUGCCGUUUACUGCGCCAGUCCCUUUGAGUUUCAGGGCCGCAGAGUUCAUGAUCUAACACCUCGGGACUUCAACUGCAUCAGUGCUGAUUUUGCAGUGUAUGAAACUUUUCCGUUCCACUCGGUGUCAGUGGAGUCCUAUGACUUCAACGACGAUCAGUUUGUGACGUUUGCGCAGCCGGAUUCCGGAUACUGCGCAGUCUACGUGUGGGACCACGUAGAGAUGGUCUUCCGGAAGUUUCACAACAUCACAUCUCGCUCUGCUGUGUACUGCAAACCUGUGGUGAUCAACAACACUCUGCACAUGGUGGUGGCCCAGUUGUUUGGAGGCUCACAUAUUUACAAAUGGGAGGAUGCCCCACAGCGCUUCAUCAAAAUCCAGGACAUCGACACGACUCGAGUGCGCAAACCAAACUUUGUAGAGACCUUUUUACUUGACGGAGAGUGGUACUUUGUGGUUGCGGACAGCUCCAAAGCCGGCUCCACCAGCAUUUACAGAUGGAACAGCAACGGCUUCUACACGCACCAGUCUCUUCACCCCUGGCACCGGGACACCCACGUGGAGUUCAUCGAUGCAGGGGGGAAGCCUCACCUCAUCCUGUCUAGUGCCUCUCAGCCCCCGAUCGUCUACCAGUGGAACCGCAGCCAGAAGCUGUUCAUUUUCCACUCCCAGAUUUCCGAAAUGCCCGAUGUACAGAUGGUGAAGCACUUUUGGGUGAGGAGAAACUUGUAUCUUUGUCUCACACGCUUUAUCGGGGACUCUAAAAUCAUGCGUUGGGAAGGACAACGUUUUGUAGAGAUUCAGACAUUGCCAUCUCGUGGUUCAAUGGUGGUGUAUCCGUUCACUGUAGGCCCGAGACAGUACCUGAUCCUGGGCAGCGAUUUCUCCUUCUCCAGGGUGUACUUGUGGGAUGACCUUACUCAGCGCUUCCAGCCCUUCCAAGAGCUUAACAUGAGAGCACCCCGGGCGUUUAGCUUGAUAUCUGUGGACAACAAGGACAUUUUGCUGGCAGCUAGUUUCAAAGGCAACACUUUGGCCUAUCAGCACCUGCUGGUAGAUCUGAGUGCCAAGUAG